AUUUUAGAAUAAGUUUUAAAAAUGUAUAAAAUAUUUAAUAGUUCUAUUAUUCGAAAUAAUAAAUCGAUGAAUUCGACAAUGGAGUCUAUAGCAGCAGGGUCGAAGAGCUACACAAUAUCAGAAAAGUCGGUGAAUAUAAAACCACUAUUCAAUAAUUUACCACCAUCAGUAUCCAAAAAACAUCAAAGUACAUUUAGUUAUAAUUGUAAUAAUAAUAAUAGUGUAACAAUGGAUCAAUGUAGAAGAGAUUGUUUAGGACAAAAACCAUUUGCAGACACAGUUUCACCAAAUACAUUAUCAGGAAGUGAUUUUAUAAAUAAUCCACGAUUUCAUAAGGGUUUAGCUACUAGCAUCAAAGAACGACAAAUAUUAGGUAUCCAUGGAUUAUUACCUCCAGCUGUUCGAACACUUGAGGAACAAUUAAAGCAUUGUGAUCUCGAAUUUGAACGUUAUACAGAAGAUAUUAACAAAUAUGUAUAUUUAUAUGGAUUAUUGCAACGAAAUGAACAACUAUUUUUCAGUUUUAUUAUGCGAAACGUAAGAAAAUGUAUGCCAAUUGUGUAUACACCAACCGUCGGUUUAGCUUGUCAAAAAUUCAGUGAAUUAUUCUACAAACCUCGUGGACUUUACAUCUCGAUACACGAUAAAGGGCACAUUUAUGAAGUACUUCGUAAUUGGCCAGAAGCAGACGUACGAGCAAUAGUUGUAACAGAUGGAGAACGUAUUUUAGGAUUAGGUGAUUUGGGUGUAAAUGGUAUGGGUAUUCCUGUUGGUAAAUUAUGUUUGUACACAGCAUUAGCUGGUGUCAAACCACAUCAAUGUUUACCAAUCACAUUAGAUGUAGGAACCAAUACUGAAAGUAUUUUAAAUGAUCCAUUAUAUAUUGGUUUAAAACAAAAGCGGACUCGAGGUCCUGAAUACGAUGAUUUUAUUGAAGAAUUCAUGCAAGCUGUUGUUCAACGAUUUGGACGAACCUGCUUAAUUCAGUUUGAAGACUUUGGAAACUCAAAUGCUUUCCGUCUAUUAGAUAAAUAUCGUGACGAUUAUUGUACAUUCAAUGAUGAUAUUCAAGGGACAGCAUCAGUCGCUGUUGCUGGUUUAAUCGCAUCAUUACGUAUCACAAAGAAUAAAUUAUCAGAUAAUGUUAUCCUAUUCCAAGGAGCUGGUGAAGCUGCUCUUGGUAUUGCUGAACUAUCUGUUAUGUAUAUGGUACAAGAGGGUUUACCAAUGGCAGAAGCAAGAAAACGUAUUUGGUUGGUUGAUUCAAAAGGUUUAAUUGUAAAAGAUCGACCUGAAGGUGGUAUUUCAUCGCAUAAAGCUAAAUUCGCUCACCCACACGCACCAAUUAGAGAUUUAAAAGAUUGUGUACGUGAACUUAAACCAACAGUUCUUAUUGGUGCAUCGGCUAUUGGUGGUGCAUUCACUCCUGAAAUCCUUCAACAAAUGGCUAAAAAUGCGGCCAGACCUAUCAUUUGUGCUUUAAGUAAUCCUACAAGCAAAGCUGAAUGUACAGCUGAAGCUGCUUAUACUAACACAGAUGGUAAAUGUAUAUUUUCAAGUGGUUCGCCAUUCCCUGACGUAACUUACAAAGGUAAAACAUAUCGACCUGGUCAAGGAAACAAUGCAUACAUUUUCCCCGGUAUUGGACUUGGUGUCAUUUGUGCUGGUGUACUGUCAAUUGGCGAAGAUGUAUUUUUGGAAGCUGCACGUACUCUUGCAAGUUUGGUUAAUGAAGAUGAUUUAGCACAAGGAUCUGUAUAUCCACCUUUGGCAGACAUACAAAAAUGUUCCAUCAAAAUUGCUACACAAGUUGCAAAGAACGCUUACAUUAAUGGUACCGCUACUGUACGUCCAGAACCAAAGAACUUCGAAGAAUUUGUUAAAGCACAGAUGUAUAACCCUAAUUACUCAUCUUCGUUACCAGCUCAAUAUUGUUACCCAGAAAAGUAAUUUGAACAGAAUACCUCUUAAUGGCGCGAUGAUUGUCUACAAAGAUAGUACCAAAAGAUAUAUUAUUAAGGAUAAAUUAUUGUUGUUCAACCUUGGGUUUAAUUAAUUAAUA